CACUGGUAUUUUCGUGGCUGAAAACGGCGGCCACUUCGCAACUCAGCUGAUCGAUCAAACAAAAAAUAUUGAUACACAAGAAUUUAGGAAAAAAAAAUGCUCAACUUUUAGAGAGAGAAAGUAUUUAGUAGCACGCACGAAAUGGACAAGAAUCUGGAUGAGGUCAAAGACACCGUACAAAAGAAGUUCAAUGAAAUCCGUGCUGCAUUGCAUAUGCGCGAGAAGUUGCUGCUUCGGCAACUGGAGGUCAUAGCGAAUACUCGACAGCAGCAGCAAUUGCUGAAGAAGUCCCCCUUCGAAGUGGAGAACUCGAUUGGCGAGAAGGAUCGCGAAGGAAGUGGUGUGCGAUUCAUUCCCGGAGAAAACGAGGAUGCGGAGGAGAAGCUACUGACCGCCAUCCGAAGCUUCGGGCACUUUCUGCUGGACAACAGUGAUAUGCAGCUGGCGCUGCAGGAUUACCGAACCACGGGAUUGAGGAACGAGGACUACAUAGAGCCUCUAGAUGACCAUGAGACCAUGUACAAGUGCCUGCAGGAUGGGCAAGUAUCAUAUCUCGACCUGGACGAAGACGGCGCCCCACCGGAGGCCAUUGUGGUGGAUUUCUCCCGCAAUCGAACUCUCGUAGAAGACAAUGCCAAGCGCUCCAUCAUCAACAUCACACUGCAGGAAGCCAAGGAUCUGAUAAAGAAGGCCAAGAUCAAGAGGGAUACCUAUGUGCCACCUUUAAACUUGGAGGAACUAGAUGACGAACUGGAAUCUUCGAUUGCCGAAGCCGUUUCCAGCUUGGGGCGUGAAACCUCUGCAAAAUCAAAGGGCAGCGUACAAGAACCACCGAAAACCAAGAGUCGCAAGCAGCGCUUCAAGCCAAAAAUCACCAUAAACAAUUGCAAUGGAACCAUCAACCUACGCAAUAUUGCUAGCUUGACCAUAAACUGCGCCAGCGAAGAGGCGGUGAGUGCAGAGAUCCCCUUAGCCAAAUCCGCUGAUUCCAGUACCACCACCACCGAACCCUCGAAUUCCACGCCCACCACCACGGCCUCCAGUUCCAAUUACUCAAGUAAUGCCAGCUCCCGUUCGCAGUCCAAAAAGCAAAAGGCAAACAAAAAGCCAGAUAAGAUCGACCGCGAACCCAGCUCGGAUUCCACUCCUACGCCUGGACAAGCCCAGCGCUACGAGGAGACUGAGAUUCACGAUGUCACCUGCGAUUUCUACAAUCGCCUCCUCAAUGAGAUAAAGAAGAGCAUGGUGGAGAAGCCGCGCAGGACUUACAACCAGGUGGCAGAGCCCGUUCAAACCUCGGCUGCCGAUUCCAGUUGCGAUGCCAACUCCAAUCCUAAGCAGACGGCUGCCAAACAAGAGCCAGUUUCGACCACCACGUCGCUAACACAAAGCGAAUCGGGACCACAAUUGCAGCCGGGCAAGAGGCUAAUUCUUAAAAACUUUGAGAAUCUCAAGAUCAUCCUCGAGGCAAACAGCGGCGAUGAAGACUCAUUCCAUCCCGUCCAGAUCGAGCAGUGGCUGGCGGAGAUUAUCUCUGAAACGGAUCUGGAGCCAAUGCAGAACACGGACAUUCUGGAGCACAGCCGCAUUCACAGCAGCGAGAGUCCCUAAAGCUGCGGAUCCUUUGUAUUCCAAACUAUUUAUCCUUAAUGCACUCAGUAUUUUCUGUUUGUUAAUCUGUUUUUAGUUUACAUUCUAAUUUUAGUUAGUUUUGAUUUCGUAAAUGAUAUAUGCAAAUGUUUUUAUAUCCAAUUUAAACAGAAUUUGGUCGAACUGGAGCUUAGGUAAUUUUAUAUUAAUCAGUUUCCUUUUACCGAUCUAAACACUUUUGUUGAAUCGAAAUCGCUGAAGCUUAUUAUACUACUUAUAUUGUAUAAGAGGUCCAAACAUCACCUUAAUAUCCCGUAAAGUGAAAGUUGUGAAAUGCUUAGGACAUGUUACCAUAUAUUUUUAUUUAUCAGAUAAUGUUUUUAUAACUAAUCGUACCAAAUCCUUUUGGCUCAAUUUUUAGCAGAAACCAGAGGUAAUCCAAUUGCUUACGUACUUAAUGCAUUUGAUUUUGUGAUUUUUAUCUUUUCGUAAGACUUAAACUGGUACCAAUUUAGCAAGUAAGCUCCAGCCAGUGUUCAAUGCUCACCGUAGCCCAUUUGUAAAUGCAAUCGAAAGAGUUUCACAUUAAAGUGUUAAGUGCCAUCACAAAACGAAAA